UUCGGGCCUCCCAGCGCAGUGCCCAGCGGCCUCGCGCAGCCCUGGGUGCAAUGGACCCCGCGCUGGCGGCAGAGAAGGGCGAGGCGGUGGCCCAGAAGAUGCUCCAGUACCGGCGAGAUGAGUCGGGCUGGAAGAUCUGUCGGGAAGGCAACGGAGUUACAGUUUCCUGGAGGCCGUCUGUGGAGUUUCCAGGGAACCUGUACCGAGGAGAAGGCAUCGUGAACGGGACACAGAAAAACGUGUGGGACUUGGUGAAGCCUCUUGUUGGGAGCCUUCGAGAAAAGUGGGAUGAGAAUGUGACCAGUUUUGAAGUUAUUGAGAGCAUCACUGACACAUUGUGCGUCACCAGAACGGCCACCCCCUCGGCCGCCAUGAAGAUCAUUUCUCCCCGAGACUUCGUGGACUUGGUGCUGGUCCGGACGUACGAGGACGGGACCGUCAGCUCCAACGCUGCUCACCUGGAGCACCCGCUGUGCCCGCCGAAGCCGGGCUACGUGAGAGGACGGAACCAUCCUUGCGGCUGCUUCUGUGAGCCUGUGCCAGGGGAGCCCGACAAGACCAGGGUGGUGGCCUUCUUCCAGACGGACCUGAGCGGUCUCCUUCCGCAGAGCGUGGUGGACGCCUUCUUCCCGCGCAGCAUGGCCGGGUUCUUUGCCAACCUCCAGAAAGCGCUGAGACUCAUGCCAGCUCCGACCGAGGGCACAGGGGACGUGGUGCUGUUCCAGUGACGAGGCCCGCGGGACCCCCAGCUCUGACCUUUCCGGGGACACUUGUGUGGUGAGGAAGCCCAGGCCAUAAGGAGAGGUCCUGUGCGUGUCAGCCACCAGCUGUGUGAGCAUGUGGCCUGCCCGAGGUUCCAGCCCGAAGACUUUGAGUGGCUCCAGCCAACGCUGCCCCUCCGAGCCCUGUCGGCCACACUGCACAUGCCUGACAAAACCAAUGUGGCUGUUUGGGUGGCUCAUCCCAUGGUUCUAAUGCUUGGAAAGUUUGCGGAGCAGGGCAUGGAUUUCACAUCAGAUUGCAAUACAUUCACUUUAUUUACAGCACCACAGUGUUAGCAUU